CGUACUCGGCUGUGCUCUCAAAACGGCAAACGUGAAAUGUGCGGUACAGCAAAUCUAGCAAACAAACUAAUAUUUAAAAAUCUGAUUGUUUACGUAAUGAUAUUAUUCCAAAGUUCGGCAAAAAAUAGUAGUAAAAUUCGUUAGUAACGUUAGUACUUAAACAUGGCUGGCGAUAGUGUUGCGUUUCAGCAAUGGAAGAAUCAGUGUCUUAAUAAGUGUGAUUUCAGUAAGAAGGGCAGUGUGGAUGAAGAUAUUUCUCAUAUUGUCUCCUUUAUCAACAGUCAUGAUCGGUAUUUCACGACAAGCUCUUGCUCCGGAAGAAUCAUCCUUUUUGACGGGGCAUUGGAUUGCCAAGAAGUGCAAAAGCGAAACUGCUCCUGGUUAUUUGUUUCUCAUCAGAAGUGCCAAAGUGAAGAUGUGCUCACAAGUCUGAAGAAGUCUGUUGGAGAUGCCACUUUCAAGUUUGAGCCUUUUGUCCUUCACGUUCAGUGUAAACAGCUUGAAGACGCACAGCUGCUGCACACUGUUGCAGUAAACUCAGGCUUUAGGAAUUCUGGUAUAACUGUGGGAAAGAAAGGCAAGAUCAUUAUGGCAGUGCGUAGCACACAAUGUCUUGAGGUUCCUGUCAGCCACAGGGGAGCUGUUCUCAUCAAUGACCAAUACCUUGAUUUCCUUGUCAGAGUUUCUAACCAGAAAAUGGAAGAAAAUCUUAAAAGAAUAGAGAGAUUCUAUGAAUGCUUACAAACUGCCCUACAACCUCAAGAACAGAGGUGUAGUUUAAAAGAAGCAGCCGACAAGAAACCUGUCUACAGACGGAGGAGGAAAAGGACACAGGAUGAUUCUGUGACAGACUGUUGCCAGACCAUCAAAGAUCAUAAUGAAAACAGUGAAGAGGGAACUGACUGUAACCUACUGUUUUUAUCAUAGGAAUUUUUCCUUUAUAUCAUAUGAUCAUCAUUCUCUAGGGUUUCUGAACAGUGCACAUUUAUCCAAGGUUGUGUUUAACACCCCUUUAGAGUAAAGUACCAGCCUAUUAGACAUGCCUCACAUUAUCGUUUCAUGUGAGCAUUAGACAUAAACAUAGCUUUUUUUAAUGACAAAUAUAAAUCAAAUAGUCUCAAACCAAUUUCGUUUAAGUAAUCUUUUUGAUAAGAAGCGUCUGCUUUCUCAGUAGCUCUGUUUUAUAUGUGUCAUUGUUUUGCAGAGAUUUGGUGAAUUUGUUACUGUUACAUGCUGUUACUUCAAAGAUUUUGAAUGUGUAAUCCUUAAUGCUUUUGUUCAUGCAAAAGAAAGAUGCUUUCCAGCAUUGUCCUUCAUAGCGAUGUAGAAAUCGACCGUGUUAUUCAUUUCUGACAAGCAAUUUGUCAGACUUAAUUGUAAAAACGCUGUGUGGUUUGGAGCACAUUUCCUCUGGAUUAGAAGGCAUUACUGUCAGGGCCUAGUGCUGCAACGCCUCAUUUGGGUGACUUGGCUCAUUAACUGCAUCUGCAUCAUUUUGCUUUUGAUAUUUUCAUUUUUUCUGAAGUCUGGUUUUUAUGAAGACAGAAAAUUUUUGUAAUGUUGAAAUAAUUUAGUUGCAUUGAUCAAUAAAGCAUCUUCUAGCUCUAAUAAAAAUAAUUUUAA